AUGGCCGAGGUUCCUUCCACGCAACAUCCUGGAUUCUUGGGAUUGGGCAGCGCCGCACGUAACGCUUCUUUCGCUCGCUCUCUGCUUGCCGAAGCCCUUCGCCCCGGCGACUUGUCCUUCUUUCGCUCCAGGACCGUCUGGGGCCUGUCCAUCCUGGUCGCUGUGCUGUUGGCGAGAGCAUUCGGUCCGCCUGCGGGUACCAAAGCAUUGCCGGGGCUCACAGGCCUUCCACUUGGUUUCGGUCGUUUCUGGGGCCUUCCAACUAACCCGGCCGCGGCCGCGCGUUUCUUCGGCGCCCUUCACCAAAGAUAUGGUCCCAUCUACCAAUGGAAGGUCUUUGGUGUGACGUCCAUCUGGAUAUCCAGCGACAAGAUCGCCCAGGAACUCCUGGGCCAGCGCGGGGUGAAGUAUGGUGAUCGACAGCAACUCCUCUCGACACCCGGUCUUUACAGCGGCUCGGAUUUCUUACCCGCCAUGGCGCUUGGUCCCAAUGCAUCGAGACAUGCAAAAUUCAUGCACACGAUCAUGAAGCACUCCGCGCAACAGCACUUCUAUGGUUAUCCGAUUGACGAAGUCAAACGCACCUUGAAGCGCCUGCUCCACAAUCCCGACCGCUGGUCCGAGCAACUCGUUACUCACUGCGCCCGCACGGCCGCCGCAUGUGCUUGGGGUGAUCCCAAACAUGCCACCAAGCUCCUCCAAGUCGUGCCUCCUCUUGUCAAGGCUGCGUCUACUGACAGCCUCAUGAUCAAAUUCUUGGACAGCCUGGCGCUUUUUCCCCACUGGCUCUCGCCAUACUCCAACGCCGAGGCUACCCGCAAGAAGGACAUGCGCGACGCAUUCUACGAGGCCCAGCAAGAAGUCAUAGAGCGCGUCACUGCCGGUGCUGCUAGCGAAUCCUGGACUCGCAUCUGGCUUGAGAAUGUGGGCGGCGCAAAGGAGAGUCAACUCGACCAGCACGAAGCGGCGCAUGCGGUAGGCACCGCCGCUUUCAUGACGCUGGCCACAAACGCUGCCCCGCUCCAUACUUUCUUCGCCGCCAUCAGCCAGCACCCACAAUGGUUGAAGCAACUGCAACAAGAAGUAGACAGGGUUUGUCCCGAGCACCCACCAUCUCUGCAUCAAAUGUCCCAGCUUCCAGUGCUCCGCGCCGUCAUCAAGGAAUGCAUGCGAUGGCAGCCUGCACUGCCUCUCGGCAUCGCUCACGUCACGACCGCAGACGAUGUCUACGACGGCUACUUCAUUGCCAAAGGGACCGUGGUCCAAGUCAACCACUACGCUAUCAGCCGCGACCCAGCAAUGUAUCCGCAACCCAACGAAUUCCGUCCUGAGCGCUGGCUCGAGCCGUCCUGGCCGUCCUACAAGGCGCCGGCCUCUGACCAUCCAACGCUGCAGGGCGAUGCUGCAUUCGGUUACGGCCUUCGCGGCUGCCCUGGCGUCGACCUGACCAUGGUCGAGCUCUACUCGCUCAUUGGCGCGCUGGUCUGGGCUUUCGACAUCAAGGCCAAGUCGGAGUCGGUAUCUCCCCCCGAGGCUACGCCAUACAUCAUCUCCAUGCCUCGGCCUUUCCCUUGUGUCAUCACGCCUCGCAGCGAACGAAAGCGAAAAGUCAUUGAGGAUGGGUGCAAGGAUAUGGGCGUGGUGGUGAAGGAGAGCGGCAAGAGCGCCAGUCGAUGGGAUGUGUGUCGGGAGGAGAAUGGAGAGUUUCAUUGGCAGGGCUUGACUGUGCCUCGGAGAUAG